AGUUAACAAUCCAAAACCAGUGGUAGUAGGUAACAGAUAACACAGCAUCCUCAAACCAAACAAAAUGGAACCCAACAACAAAACACCACCAGAGAAAGAGAAUCUCAACCAAACACCCUCACCGGAACCACCACUUCCACCACCUUCACUAGCCUCUCUCUCCCUUUCUCUCUCCUCUCUCCUCCCUUUAUUCCAACCCAAAAUCCCAUCUUUACUCUCUCCACCACCACCCAUUAAGCUUAAAGUACCAACCCAAGCUUCAUCACUCACUCAUCUUUCACUUUCCACCAAAACCCAUUCUUCACCUUCCAACAAAACCUUCAAAAAAUCAUCCUUUUCAUCAAACCCUCUCAAAUCACCACUCUCCUUAAUCCCUCACCGUCCUAAUGAUCCUUCUUCCGCUGCUGCUCUCCGGAGAACCGCCAUUGUUUGGUUCCGUAAUGAUCUUCGUGUUCAUGAUAAUGAAGCUUUGAACACUGCGAAUAAUGAGUCAAUUUCUGUUUUACCUGUUUAUUGUUUUGAUCCUGCUGAUUAUGGAAAAUCUUCAUCUGGGUUUGAUAAAACAGGUCCUUAUCGUGCUAGUUUUUUGAUUGAAUCGGUUUCGGAUCUUAGGAAGAAUCUUAAGGCAAGAGGGUCGGAUCUUGUGGUGAGAGUUGGGAAGCCGGAGACAGUUUUGGUUGAAUUGGCGAAGGAAAUUGGGGCGGAUGCGGUGUAUUGUCAUAGAGAGGUUUCUCAUGAUGAGGUCAAGAUGGAGGAGAAGAUUGAGGGGAAAAUGAAGGAGGAGAAUGUGGAGGUGAAGUAUUUUUGGGGAAGUACUUUGUAUCAUGUGGAGGAUUUGCCUUUUGGUUUGGAGGAUAUGCCUUCAAACUAUGGUGGUUUUAGAGAUAGAGUUCAGAAAUUGGAGAUAAGGAAAACUAUUGAGGCUUUGGAUCAACUUAAGGGUCUUCCUUCUCGUGGUGAUGUUCAGCUUGGUGAUAUUCCUACUUUGAUGGACCUUGGUCUUAAUCCAUCUGCCACAAUGUCACAGGAUGGGAAGCAAGUGCCUAAUUCUUCCAUGACAGGAGGGGAGACUGAAGCACUACAGAGGCUUAAAAGAUUUGCGGCUGAGUGUGAAGCUCAAUCAAACAAGGGGUUUAAGGAUGGGGCACAAGAUAGUAUAUAUGGUGCCAACUUUUCAUGCAAAAUUUCUCCAUGGUUGGCAAUGGGAUGCCUCUCCCCCCGCGCUAUGUUUGAUGAGCUGAAGAAAACUGCCAGCAGUGCUGUUUCCGCUUCAUCAAGCAAAAAUGAUGGUGGCUCAUCCAAAACUGGAACUAAUUGGUUGAUGUUUGAGUUGCUAUGGAGGGACUUCUUUAGGUUUAUUACCAAAAAGUAUAGUUCUACUAAGAAACAACUGGAAGCUGCUCCAGCCACUGCUUGUACGGGUGCGCUUGCUUAAGCUACAAAUUCUAAUUGAUGAAAGAGUUUAUUUCAUGAUGUUGAUUAUACUUCCCCUUCACAAGUUCUGUUGUAUGUAACUAGCAAUCACAUUGUAUCAAUAUGGAAGCUUUUUACAUUAUUUUUUGGAUGGCAAGUGCUAUUCUUCUUCUUGCCUUAAAAUAACAUUUCGACUGCAUGACCGUCUUUUCUAACUAGAUCUAUGGGUCUAGAAUUUAUGGCUCUUCCCCAA